AAGGGCCUAUUUUAGUCGCUCUUUGAUGACGCGUGGAUUCAAGCGUAAACAUGGAGGAGAGAGAAGCGCUGAAGAGGCAAAUUGAACUUCUACAAAAUCUAAUCAAUGAACAUAAGAGCAUCCAUGGCGACACCCCGUUUGGAAGAGUUGAGGAGAGGCGUCCAGAAGCCCCAACAUCAGGCAGAGGCAGAGGUCUCAGCACGUCUGUCAUCGGUCCCCAUAGCUCCAGAGGGAGAAUAUAUGCUCCUCAAAGCCGUGGAAGCUGGAGGAAAACAUACUCACUGAAAAACAAGAACCCCCUGUCCUCUGCUGGACAUCCCUCAGCCUCUACCCCCUCUGCUGUUCAUCAGUCUAGCUCCUAUAGUAAAUCUCACAGCACCUCACUGCCCAUCCACUGCAGAGGAGAUGAGAGAGAUAGAGGCACAACUGCCACUUCAUCAUCAGGGAUCCCUCAACAAAAGAGUGAGGGACAUAUAAAGAGCAUCACAGGGGUUAGGGGGGUGACAGAGACAGCUGUGUCUCAGCAUGGACAUGAAAAAGGAGAGUCAAGCUCAACAGGCACUAGUAUACAACGUGAAACGCUUCGCAGACAGAUCCAGCAGAGGGCUGAAAGCAGGCAUGUAGUCCUGCCAGAAAAGCAAGUUGGUGGCUCUUCAGAAGCGCCUUCUUCAGUCAAGUCCAACACCUCAGGCCCUCGAGUGCAGCGCAAACCGGCCCUGACAAGUAAAACCAGCACUGAGCCUAAACAAGCCAUUACGAUGACAACUCCAGCUAUAAUCGCAACUGGUAAAACCGUACCACCUCUCUCUGCUCUGUCGAAAGUGUCAAAGCAACCUUCCAUUAACCCCACACCUCACACCAGCCAGGGCCAAGUCAGCGCGUCUUUUUCGAAAAAAUCCAAGUUCACUUGGGUGAAGAGCUACAACAUGGGGGGAGUGGAGCCUAGACAAGGUAGCUCCAUGUCCUCACCCACAGGCAAAGCUGCGACCGUUGCCCCGUCAGUCUCAAAAGCUGGAGCUGCCAGUGGAAGCCCCCUCUUAUUCUCAAUCAGUAAGAGAACCCCUGCCAAGAAGUUACCUCGAAAGCUAAGCCCAGUCACUGUUGCCCCUAAGACCUCCAAGUACACAUGGGUGUCCUCGUCUGCUGGAGCCCAAGUUAGAAUAUCUCGAAAAUCUCUGUCGCCCAAAGCCCUGACUUUUUCACAGAGAGCUCUGGAGAAGGGAGAUUCCACCAAGAAACCCAGAGCAGCCUGCUCUCCGUCUGCUAAGAUAAAAAGGGGAUUUGCGGGUUCCUCUACCAACUCCUCACUGAGUAGUCAUUACCGCUGGAAGGCUGGAGGUCAGAAUACCUCUGCAGCAGUGACAGGAGGGGCGACGGCGGCCCGACGUAGGUCUGCCUUCCACUGGACGUCAGAAAAAAGCACCAAAGGAGCGAGAGGAGGCUUUGUUGCUUCCCCAUCUGUAACCCAGCGGAUCUCCCUUCCUCCCUCCUCCUCCCCUGGUGGGUUCAAGCUCCGCAGCAGGAUGAAAAUCAUUAGGAAGUCUGCUAGUAGUGGAGGUGGGUCAGAGAAAGGGACCAGCCCAUCAGCGGUAAAGUACUCACCGUGGAACCGGAUCCACGGCUCCACCAGGUCUCCCGCAGGAAUUAGGAGGACGCCCUCCAGGGAGCUUGUGUCUUUUGGUCGACACAAAUUGAGGCGUCUGUCCCCCACCUUAUCAAGGACAAGUACCGCCUCCUCCUCCCAUCGCAGCCCCACCUCUCAGCGGGUGUUCAGGUCACGCUACAAGAUGGUGACCCGCCCGGGCACGAGCGCCACAAACACUCUCCACUACAACCCCGCCCUCUCUUGGAGAGCCAAGAGGAUCCAGUCUGCCAGGAAUUUCCUUCAGAGCCGUCUGCGAGCUCCCCACGACAGACACCCGUCAUCCACUCAGCACUGGAGGGGAAGCAGCAUGUGCUGGAUUGGUGGUUCCUUGUACCGGGUGUCGGCCAACAAGCUGUCCCGAACCAUGGGGUCCAACAUGUCAAUCAACCGAACAGGACGGUCUUUCAGCAAUGCCCAGGUCCCAUCCAUGAAUCCUGCUUUCAGCCGACCUUCCAGUACUCGUCAUUUAGCCAGCCGUGCGGUCCAGCGGAGCCUUGCCAUAAUCAGACACGCUCGUCAGAAGAAGCAGCAGAAGCAGUACUGCAUGUACUACAACCGCUUUGGCAAGUGCAACCGUGGCAACAGCUGCCCCUACAUCCACGACCCAGACAAGGUUGCCGUUUGCACCAGGUUUCUGCGAGGGACAUGUAAGCAGGCAGACGGGACAUGCCCUUUCUCUCAUAAGGUGGCUAAGGAGAAGAUGCCGGUGUGUUCCUACUUCCUGAAGGGAAUCUGUAACAACAGCAACUGUCCCUACAGUCAUGUCUACGUGUCACGCAAAGCUGAAGUGUGUGAGGACUUUGUCAAAGGCUACUGUCCUGAGGGAGAGAAGUGUAAGAAGAAACACACCCUGGUGUGUCCAGACUUCUCUAAGACAGGAUCAUGCCCUCGAGGAGCCCGCUGUAAGCUGCAGCAUCGCCAACGAGCCAAACGAAACACCAGCACUACAUCCACCACUCCAGCGAAGAGAGCCCGAUCCAAGGAGCCCUCCAAGAGACCCCGCCUGUCUGUUGUCAUGCCACAGGGCUCUCAGGCAGCUCCAGAGACACCCACCAAAGGUCCUCUGGCACUGCCGUCCUUUAUCUCCCUCUCCAGCUCCCCAGAGGAGGCAGACACCCCAGACACACUGCUGGCUGAGACCUCACAGGUUAAAGAGAAAAAAAUGCAGAUCAAGCCUCGGCUGUGAGACUACAGAAACCAGCAGCACUGGAGGUGAAAACACUUAUCAAUGAUUUUCUGUCCCGACAGGUGUGUCUGUGUCUCUUCCCUCUGAAUUUCUUGACUCAGGGCCAGAAAGUUUUAUCUUCUAUAUCUAGAAAUCCGUUUUACAUAUCAAUUUGGGUGUUUACAAUACAGAUUUUCUCAUCAGGUUUUGUACAUUUUAAAAAGACAAAUAAAACAUCAACUCUUACUGUG